UCUCUCUCUCUCUCUCUCUCUCUCUCUCUGAAAUCCGGCCAUGGCUACUCUUGUCUCAACCGUCGAUCUCGUCUCAACCAUCGAUCAGCUGUGGGCCACCCUAAAAGAUUCCAUCACAGCUUACACAGGCCUCUCCCCGACUACCUUCUUCACGGUCCUAGCCCUAGGGAUGGCCUUCUACUAUGCCGUCUCCAACUUCUUCGAUUCUCCACCUCCUCCGCGGAGGUCGAGGGAUUACGAGGUGAAGAUGGAGCCUCUGCCGCCUCAGGUCCAGCUCGGGGAGAUCACGGAGGAGGAGCUGAAGGUGUACGACGGAUCGGACCCUAAGAAGCCACUACUGAUGGCGAUCAAGGGCCUUCCGUUGCUCGUGAAUCUCCGAUUCUCAGGGAUUUGCAUUGAAAAUGUUAUACUGAUGCUCAAGCUGAGGAUUAUAAUGGAAUCCCCAAUCUGGCAACUGGAUUUGGGGUUUGAAUUCAAAAUCCCUAAUUGA